AUGCGUCCAAGCGCCCGGCGAAGGCGCCUCCGGCAGAGCGGGCGGCGGGGACCCGGAAGUGGGGCUCCCCAGGAAGCACGGAUGCUCCGCUCACUCGCCGUCCUGAGCCCUUGGCGGGUCCCCUUCUGUGGGGCGCUCCGGGGCUGCCUCUGGGGGAGACCUCAGCCUGCCCGUCAGCAACAAGCCGAGACCCGUCUGCCCCCCUUUCCCUGCUGCAGUCAACUUGCGUCCAGCCCUGGGUGGCAUGCACAGGCGCUAAAGGCUGAGGAAUUCGGCCAUGCCAGCCUUUUUGCUCGUGUGCAAAGAGCCCAGAAGACCCUUCCUGGAGGGCGAGGGCCCUUGUGGGGCAGAACUAGUGGGAGGCCUUUCUCCCAGGGGCCCCCGCAGAGCUCCAGAUCCAGCCCCCGCCUCCAGCUGCGGACCCGGCUGCUCGUCACGUUCCUCUUCGGGGGUGGCGUCUUGGCGGCGUGGCUGUACGUGCGGAGGGAGAAGCAGCAGCAGGAGAAACGGAGGCGCAUCGAGGAGCUGAAGAAGGUGGCCGUCGGGCAGGGGGAUUUCACACUGGUGGACCACACGGGGCGGCCCCGCUCCAAGGCCGACUUCAAGGGCAGCUGGGUCUUGCUGUACUUCGGCUUCACCCACUGCCCCGACAUCUGCCCGGAGACGCUGGAGAAGAUGAGCCAGGCGGUGGAGCUGCUGGAUCAGGAGGCCCGUCUCCCCCGGGUCCAGCCUGUCUUUGUCACGGUGGACCCCGAGCGGGACGACGUGGAGGCCGUGGCCAAGUACGUGCGGGAGUUCCACCCGCGCCUCCUGGGGCUUACGGGCACCCCCGAGCAGGUGCGCGAGGCCGGGCGGGCCUACCGGGUCUAUUACAGCGCCGGGCCCAAAGACGACGACGACGAUUAUAUCGUCGACCACACGGUGAUCAUCUACUUGCUGGGCCCCGACGGGCUCUUCCUGGAUUUCUACCACCGCAACAAGACCGAAGCCCAGAUUGCACAGAGCGUCAAGGGACACAUGGAAACCUACAAGAGCCUGUUGCUGAGCUGA